CUCCUAGCUGAUCAUGGUCGUGAGCUAUUAAUUAAUUAUUAUUAAUGGCAUUUUCAUUAAUUAACUCAUAUCUCCGUCAAAAAGGCGCAUGGGCCCAAACCAACUUGGGGUUUUUCACUACUGACUACUCCCUACAUGAUGAAAAUAGUCUGAGUUUAAAAGCUUUUAAUCACCUCGAGAGGUUCCCUCGUGAGUUACAAUUGAAAUCCAAUGACAUUGAACAAUAUGAUCGACGACUAAAUAUAUUUGUACAUGGAAUACCUGAGAAAGAUGGUGGAAUAACAAAUGAUUUAAUUGUUGAUAUGCGCGAUUCCAUUCAAGUCAACAUUAAACCAACAGAUAUUAGCACGUCUCAUGGAUUAGGAAAGAAAUCGACCAAUAUGGAGUUUGUUACGCUACGACAUGAGAAAAGAAUUAUUUUCUAA